AUGGAACCUUCUCAACGAGAUGUCCAGCCGGCGGCAUCCCCACUUACAUCUAACGGGGAGGGAUCUCCUUCGCCUGUAAAGGCAGCGCCGGCCCCCAAGCCCGGCAGAAAGCUGCCAGGAUGGCUGGAUCACUUCAAUGCCCGCGAUCUUAAGAUGCUGUUCCGUUGCUCGCUAGCUGCGUGGGUGGCGAUACUGUUGGUUUUCAUCAUGCCGUCCCUAAGCGUCAUUGGUACUGCGACUUUUUUUUCAGCUCUAGUACUCUUCAUGGUGCCUCCGACCGGCAUUGUUUUCCUUUUCCUUUUAGGAACUCUGACCCUCGUUAUUGGUAUGGCUUUGGGCUGGGGCUGGGGUGUCGUCGUCAUGAAGGCAGCUAUGGCAGCCAGACCGGCGGCCGAGACCCAGGCCAGGCUUCAAGCCCUUGGACAGGCCGCAUACAGCCAGGCCAAUGCCACCGGACGGCCAGUGGCAGCUGUCCAACAGGAGCUUGUCUACACUGGUUGGAUGCUUGACUCUCGUGUCACAGCUGUCUAUUAUUGCCUAAUCUGUUUGUUCAUCUAUUUAAUCUCUCGUCUUCGGGCUAUGAACCCCAAAUUGAUUCUUAUGCAGAUUUUCGCAAUCAUCAUAAUCGACGUUUCUUUGACUAUUGGCCCGCUGCUUCCAUCGUUCAGCGGUACUAUCCCUAAGGUUCUGAUUGAGCCUGCCGCUAUUGGAAUUGGGCUGGGCCUAGUCUCCCAUUUCAUCUUCUUCCCUCGAUCUACCUCCCAUGUCGUGCUUGGUGGCAUGGAGGGACUGGUGCGGCUACUUAAAGGGCCGCUGGAUGCUACGGAGAAUAGUCUUCUGAAAGGUGAAGACCUAGCUAUGGCAGAUUUGCAAAAGAUCAAGGUAAAGGCCAUUGCUGCUUACAAGGAGCUCAAGCCGGCACUCAGCUUUUUGCCAUUGGACUUUUCUGUCGGCUGGUGGGGUGCUGACGACAUCAAGACCAUGAAGAAACCAAUUCGCCAGGCUUUGAUAACUAGUUUGUCCCUUCUGGAAGUUCACAUCGCCCGCGUCGGGGGAUACACGAAGCUAGAAAGGUUGCACCAAUUCACUGUGGAUCGGGAUUCAGACUCCAAACCCCAAGCUAAUGGAAAUGAGAAAAAACGUCCACGAGAGGCUGGCAUGCGCCAGCUGAUGGAGAGUGUGAAUUUGGUACAAGCAUUGCGAAGCCCGGAACAUGAAUCUAUGCGAUCGGAAACUAUUGAGGUAUUGCGCGAGUCCAGCAAGGAUAUCAUCCCGGCGUGCCAGGAAGCUAUUGAGAUCGUUGCGGAAUCGCUUAAUACGGUUAACAAGCGUUGGUUCGGUCGCCCUUCCAAGGAACACCUCAAUCAGUUGCACGAGCGCAGUCAGACUGCGCUAGAAAAUCUUCAGGCCCUGCGCACCUCUUUUGCAACGGAAACCACUGAACGUUUGAUUGAGAAACAUGCGGAGAUCUUCGACGAAAAAGGCAUGCUCAAGGCCCUUGACGAAACUUCGUUGCCCAGAGUUCAAGGUAUUACUAUAGGAAUGGUCUUUGAGGAGCAGUUGCUUGGCGUCGUCGACGCGUGGGAGCGGGUCCUGGGACAGCUUGUCGCUCUCCUGAAGGAACGCCAGAAGAUCCGUCUGUGGUUACCCAACGGUUUGCGAUAUGCAGUCAACUGGUUUCGUCGCAAAAAUGCCGUGGCACCUGUGGUCGUGGCUCAGGACCCAGUCAUCGACCCCGACGUCGCAGAGACGCAGUCCAAAGCGGCACAGCACCAUCUUCGCAUCAGCAGAGGGUAUCGUGUCAAUAAAGGCAGCCGCUUUGCGCGCGCCGUCAUCGGCACCUAUCAUUGGUUCAUCAACCCGGAUGGCCUUUAUGCAAUGCGCAUGGUGGCUGUCACCAUCGCACUUUCUAUUCCUGCUGCGAUUCCUCACACUGCGGGUUUCUAUUACCGCGAGAAAGGCAUCUGGGCCCUCAUUAUGGGGCAGACCACACUGGUCAUAUACAUGGCCGAUUUCACUUUCUCCCUUCUUUGUCGAACCACUGGUACCAUUCUUGGUGGUCUCCUUGGCUUAGUUGCGUGGUAUAUCGGCUCAGGCCACGGCGAAGGUAAUCCGUACGGUCUUGCUGCUAUCAUGGCUGUUGUGGUCGUGAUUCUCAUGUGGGGACGUAUAUUCGCCCCUCCUGCCUUACUUCAAGCUAUGAUUAUGGCUGGUGCGACGUGCAUUCUGGUUAUUGGUUACAGCUUUGAGGAUACGCACAUCCCAACUUACGGCAAUCCUGGUUGGGGAUAUAGUGUUUUCUGGCGACGACUUGUGCUUGUUCUUAUCGGCUCUGCAGCAGCACUAAUCGUGCAGCUCUUCCCUCGCCCACCAUCUGCGUCGCGACACGUCUGCAAGUCCCUUUCAAAUGUCAUUCGCUCGCUGUCGGACCACUACGCGCUCCUCUUAUCCUGCUGGGGACAAGGGCGCGAAGAAGGUCUGGCUGCAGAGAAGCUGGCUCUUAACGUCGCCGAGAAUCUUGCCGGGCUGGACGGGCCUAUCGCGUUGCUGCGCUUUGAAUUUUCCAGUUCGCUAUUUGACAGCGACCGUCUCGGCCAGGUGCAAUCGCUGUGCCAAGAUCUCAACCAAAACAUCGCUCGCCUACUUUACCUAUCCGCUUCGCUGCCAGAACAGCUGCAAAGCCGCCUCGCUCGUCAGGCUGGUCUCCUGGACCAUCACAAUAUCGGCGACGUCAUGGCUGUUCUAGGCGUGGUUGAACAAUCACUCAAGACGGGUGACCCUCUACCCGAGGUGCUGCCAACGCCACUACUCAACCGUUGCCACCAUUUCUGGACGUCGCGCCAGGUGGAUAUUAUGCUAAGCAAGGACUUGAUUCGCGAUGAGAACUACCGUCGAUUCUGCGUUGCAGUCAGCGCAUACCUCAAGUUCCUGGCUGCAGUGGAUGACCUGGUACUCGUGAUGAAGGGUACAUUGGGCGAGUCGCACAUUGUCAGUCGCGACCUGUUGCAUGAGCAAUAUGUAUAA